AUGGCCGAUGUUUCAUUUCUUGAGCCAUACAAAGAGCUGUUGGUCUCAGAUGAUAUUAUUAGCAACGCUGACGAACUAGACCUUGUGGUUUUACCCUUGUAUGACGAAUCGGAUGCAAAGUACUAUCGCAACAUCAUUGAGGGUUUCUGCAGAAUGCAGGAGUAUACAGACUUUUGGAAGACGAUGAAGGUUUUGCGUAACCAGGUCUUUGCCCUGACGAAGAAGUGCGACCCAACCAAAGAGGACAUUCUUUUCCCAAAAGAUAGUCUCGUCUUCCCUUCCAGUCUCCUAGACCCUAUGCGGUCGUGCAUGACCCCAAGGUUUCCUAACGUGCGCUUCAAGAACCUCGACGGCACCGCGUCUUACGUCAUACAAUUGACCGACCUUACUACAUGGGGAAACGCUGCAAGCCAGUGUAAUGGAGCUGCGCUUGUCAAAAACAGUGUAGAUACAGUCCCUGCCCCGAUAUUUAAAAUUAUCGACGGUAAAGCAACGCACUGGAGGACAGGGGACUACCUACCAGAAUACAUGACAGACGCCCUGUUUCUUCUUGACGAAGCGCGAAUCAGUGUUAGUACCGUGGAGAAAGAAAGUUGUGGUGUCGAUGACCUUGAUUCUCCUCUCUUUGUUGGCGGUGAACUUCACUACCGUAUUGUUCUCACAGUUAACAAGCUCUGCUCCGAAAAUCGUAUGUUUGAAGAAAGCUAUGGAGUGGCUUGCAUAGGGUCGUUCUGCCUAGAAUCGUCUGAAUUGAUAAGGCCCAACACAAUUGUCAAAAUGGAUGAUGGGGUAUAUGUAGCUACACUCUCACCAACAGACAAAGAUGACUUGGCUCACUUUCAAAUCUCUCUAACAACGAGUAGUAUUGCGCUGUUGAGAACUGUCCCAGUACUGUCUGACGCACCAUCUGCCGGGAUAGAUGGCAAGGGUAUUGACAUAGAGAUAUUAGACUCAAUCCCAUUGAAUGGGUCACUAUACCACAUGGCCAUCAUUGCAGGCUCAAGUGCUCCUAGGAACAUACUCCCGUCCAGAAAGGUGGAUCUCAAGAUUGCCCUACGCCCUUCAAAAUCCGUUGAACCUCUACCAGUGAAAGACUUUAUGAUUCAGGAUACAAUAUCAAUGUUCAAACACUCAGAUAUAACGGAGGUUUUAAAGUACGGAUGCGGUCACUACAUGACUCCAAACUAUGGAGCGCAGCUUCUUCGCUUGCCCGUGGAGUGCUUCUUCGGUACUGGUAUGUGUGCGACUUCACAGCAUAUUCGCCUGACAGUGCAUGUGAUUGCCCUGAUGCUGGCUUUAAUUAGUGUUAUAAUAAUGCUCGUGUACAUUGUGGGAAAACUGAUAGCAAUUAGACGAUUGAAGGCAGCAUCACGAAAGCAGGAGGCUGACACCGGGAUUGUCCUGCGUCACAGCGUUACAAAGACCUCUAGAAGCGCUCUAAAAAGGGUUGUCCGAGAGAGCCAACGCAUACAUGCCAACCACUUGGAUCGGAAAAGAAUGGCUCUCAAAGCAGCUAUAUCCAAUGCAGGACCAAUGAGCUUACGGGACGCUUCAGCGAUUUUGGAUGUAUUUUCGCUGAACAAUCAGUAA